CCAUAACGUCACAGGCAGGGGCCGCCAUUUUGACUGAGCAACCCUAGUGACAGGAGCCGAAGAAGCAGCGCAGGUUGUCCCCGUUUCCCCUCCCCCUUCCCUUCUCCGGUUGACUUCCCGGGCCCCCUACACUUCACAGUCCUGGUCCCGCCAUGUCCCAGAAACAAGAAGAGGAGAACCCUGCGGAGGAGACCGGCGAGGAGAAGCAGGACACACAGGAGAAAGAAGGUAUUCUCCCUGAGAGAGCUGAGGAGGCAAAGCUAAAGGCCAAAUAUCCAAGCCUAGGACAAAAGCCUGGAGGCUCCGACUUCCUCAUGAAGAGACUCCAGAAAGGGCAAAAGUACUUUGACUCAGGAGACUACAACAUGGCCAAAGCCAAGAUGAAGAACAAGCAGCUGCCAAGUGCAGGACCGGACAAGAAUCUGGUGACUGGUGACCACAUCCCCACCCCACAGGACCUGCCCCAGAGAAAGUCCUCACUCGUCACCAGCAAGCUUGCGGGCAUGUUGCUUUCGAAAAUAUCAUGGGAUAGUGGAAAGAUUCGCACUGGCUUUGGAGUCAAGAUCUGGGUUUUAGUUGCACUCCAUCUCAGCAGAACUGAUAUGUAACCUUGGUCAUUUAACCUCUGUGGAUUUCUAUUUCCUCAUCUGUAAAAGAGCUGAAUAUAGAUAAGAUGGGUUAGAAUUUUAAAAUCCUGUAACUGCCAGCUGAAAAAAAGUCUGUGCUAUUCAUUGUAAAACUAAGUGAGGAAGGCCUGUGGGUGAGCCUACAAAGGGGAACCAUUAGAGGACUACAUGGGGAGAGAGGAAGUUGAGAUUUGGGGAUUAUAAAUUCAGGCAAGAGGGCCUCAUAAGUAUCAUGGACUUAAGGCCAAGGGAAAAGUUCUAAGAAGCUAGCUUCUAUGGAAGCUUCUUGCCUCUACCCCCACCCACUUUCCUGGCCCUCAGUCUGGGCCUUUGCUGCUAAAAAGCUGCUCUGGGAGCCAGGCUGCAGGCCUGAGGACACGUGCUUAGUCACGCACAUGUAGAGUCCCAUGUUUCAGAUGUGAUCAGAUGCCAGGCGUACUGCUAAGGAGACCAGAAAAAAAGGGGCAAACUGAGCCAGCCUCCAGGCCUCAGUACUGUGGUGAGGCUGGAGCAGCAGGUUCCUAGGAGAUGAUUCACCGUGGAGGAAGCUGGUGGAGGAAGAUGGUCAGGGGGCGAGAAAUGGAGCACUGAUAAAUCUCUGCCUUCCUAGGGCUCAGUAACUCAGCUCUUGUGGGAUGAGAAGCAGCAGUGGAGAUUCAAGAGCAGAUGGAGGAGAGGGGUGCAGGUGACCAGCGUCUUCAGUCUGCUUAUCACUAGCUUGGCCUGAAUCCUACUGCUGGUUAUGACAGAGAGGGCCAGGGCAACAACUAACUGUUUAAGAGGACAAGAUUCUGUAAUUCUCUCUUGCCCUCUCACCUCACAAAUCCUAAUACAUCAAACCUUUGGGCUGAUGAGAAUGACCCGUGGUGCCUGGCUGGCUCAGUCGGAAGAGCAUGCGCGAGUUCGAGCCCCAUGUGGGGUGUAGAGAGUACUUAAAUAAAACUUAAGAAAAGAUUUAGCAGGAGAAUGACCAUGAACUUGCUGGUGCACAUGCAGAGUGAUUGGCAGGUGUGUAUACUCCUUUCCUGACCAGCCAUUCACUUUUCAGGCAGUCACUCAGAUGGGGUAGGAGAGAGUUGGUGAGGAAGGAAUGGAGAGAGCAGGAUCCCUGGAUUUCCUGGCCCCCAAACUCCUUGACUGUCACUUGUAAUUGUAUAUAAUUUUUGUGUUUCUUGCUUCAUUCCUCAUGCUGUCUUCCUUAGUCUAAAGUCCUUGUGGUAAGGGGAAAAUGCUGAACAUCCUUGUAUAGUUUCCUCAACUGUCCCAGCCAUGUUGUACAUAGAUAUGUCAUGUUAUUAUAUAUAUAAAUAUAUAUAUAAUUUUGUACGUUUUCUUCAUCUCCGAUCUUCUCGAAUUUUGUACUUUUUUCUUUUCUGUCUCAGCUGCUUUCUCUAUUGGUCAUUUGAAUCUUCAAGACUGAGGUCACAAGUCUGGUUUUUAGGAAAGAAUAGAAAAAAUAGGGAAAUCAGAAAACUGUUGAUCUUGCUCUUUCUCUGCCUGGUCAUCUUCAAGGAUAAGAAACAAAGAAACAAGCUACAUUUUGUAUUUGCCACCUAGUUCUACAGCAUGAAAUACAUCACGUCCAUGGCAAAGAAGGGUCAUUCCCAAAUCCAGAUCCAAAUUGCUUUGAUUAAACCUAGAUUAUUAAAUCCA